CUGUGUGGAAAACUCUUUCAACUCACAACCUCACCCACACCACACUGAGCCACGAUUGAGUUCGGCUCCUUUCUCCCUCUUCCUUCCUCCCUCUCCCUCCUGCGCAUCAAGACCGUUUCUGCGCAACAAUUCCCUCCUCCGACCUCGACCCUUUCUCCCUCUCCCAGAAAACAAUACCCAACAACACUUAGGGAUCGACGCCUGUCCCCUGCUAUUUCCCUUGCGAUUCGGAUACCCCGCUUCCUGGCCCCGAGUGUGCGCGAUCUAGAACCUUUUGCUACCGCACUGCACCGCACAGCACAGCACCACCUUCCUUCACCUCACUUCUUUUUUUUUCUCAGCCUUCUUGCGCACUGCACGACAGGCUUUGAAAACUCUUCCUGGCUGCGAUAUCAACCUGCACCCUACCAGAAACUGACCGACCGAACACCUGUCCACCCUGGUAGUUGUGCUGCCAACACAUCCCAUCCAUCACCAUGGGUCAAACUCUCUCCGAGCCAGUUGUCGAGAAGAGCUCGGCCAAGGGCGAAGAUGAGCGCCUCCUUUACGGCGUCUCGGCCAUGCAGGGCUGGCGCAUAAGCAUGGAGGAUGCCCACACUACCGUCCUCGAUCUUCUUCCUCCCGGCAGCGACGAAGCUAAGAAGCACGAGUCGAAACUCUCCUUCUUUGGAGUCUUUGACGGUCAUGGUGGCGACAAAGUGGCUUUGUUCGCUGGAGAGCACAUUCACGACAUCAUCAAGAAGCAGGAGACCUUCAAGAAGGGCAACUAUGAACAGGCGUUGAAGGAUGGUUUUUUGGCGACGGACCGUGCGAUCCUCAACGACCCCAAGUACGAGGAGGAAGUAUCCGGCUGCACUGCCUGCGUUGGCUUGAUCUCCGAUAGCAAGAUUUAUGUGGCAAACGCCGGCGACUCGAGAAGUGUCCUUGGUAUCAAGGGACGGGCUAAGCCCCUGUCCCAGGACCACAAGCCCCAGCUCGAGGCCGAGAAGUCCCGUAUCACAGCCGCCGGUGGCUUCGUCGACUUUGGCCGCGUUAAUGGCAAUCUGGCACUCUCCCGUGCCAUUGGCGACUUCGAGUUCAAGAAGAGCGCAGAGCUCUCCCCCGAGGCCCAGAUCGUCACCGCUUUCCCCGAUGUCGAGACCCACGAGAUCAGCGAUGACGACGAGUUCUUGGUCAUCGCUUGCGACGGCAUCUGGGACUGCCAGUCCUCUCAGGCGGUUGUCGAAUUCGUUCGACGUGGCAUUGCGGCCAAGCAGGAGCUGGACAAGAUCUGCGAGAACAUGAUGGACAACUGCUUGGCUUCUAACUCGGAGACUGGUGGCGUCGGCUGCGACAACAUGACCAUGGUCAUCAUUGGUCUCUUGCGCGGCAAGACCAAGGAAGAGUGGUACGAGGAGAUUGCCAAACGGGUUGCUGCUGGAGACGGACCUUGCGCCCCUCCCGAAUACGCUGAAUUCCGUGGCCCCGGAGUUCACCACAACUUUGACGACAGCGACAGCGGCUACGACGUGGAUGUUGAGAACAAGGGCAAGCCCUUUGGCAUUGGCGGCUAUAAGGGUCGCAUCAUCUUCCUUGGCGACGGCACUGAGGUCCUGACUGAUUCCGACGACACCGAGAUGUUCGACAACGCGGAGGAAGACAAGGAUCUUGAGAGUCAGGUCUCCAAGGCCUCCUCUGCUUCAAGCAAGGAUGGCGAGGCUGAUAAUAAGUCGGCCAUAAAGGCAGAGCAGGAGAGCAAGGCAGGCGUGGACAAGGCCCAAGAGGAGACAAAGCCGGCCGCAACCUCGCAGUCGACAGAGUCGCAGGAGGUCGACAGCAAGGAGAAGUGAUAUCAGCGGCUGACGACGUCGACUUUUACCUUGACGAAUGAUGUGGCAUGGACGUGCAUAUUGGCUCGGAAAUGAUCGGACUGCGCUUCCGUAUGACUUAAAGAGGGCUCGAAAGACUUUACACGGCUUGGCUGGGAUGGAUGAAUGAAUGUUUCCUCUUGUUUUCAUCAUAUUGGGUGCCUGGGCCGUCGACAGAUUUGCGAGGGAUGGGAGGCUGAAGCGGUCGCUGCGGCUGAAGGAAGGAAGGAAUGGCCGCUGGUUAAGAGGGCCGAGAGACGAACUCAUCCAUGCGUGUCGCCAGGUGUUGGCCUCCGUGGGCCUACCUAGUAACACGUUUUACACAUGAAAUCAUUUG